GCGUAAACGUUUUGCCUGCGCUCGUUCGCCAUUUUGUAUUCCCGGCGUCACCACGUGAAAGUCGAGCGUUGUACAGUCUUUUUCGUUUUAUCAGCUCUAGCCGACAAGAAAAAUGGCAUAUAAAGGACAGAAAGUGCAGAAGGUUAUGGUUCAACCUAUCAAUUUAAUUUUUAGAUACCUCCAGAGUAGAUCUAGGAUUCAAGUAUGGUUAUACGAACAAGUUAACAUGAGAAUAGAAGGUCAUAUUAUAGGUUUUGACGAGUACAUGAAUUUGGUGCUUGACGAUGCUGAAGAAUAUCACAUGAAAUCAAAAACAAGGAAAACACUAGGUCGAGUAAUGUUGAAGGGUGAUAAUAUAACAUUAAUACAAAAUGUACAGCAAGAUGAAUGAACAUCAGACUUCAUUAUUUACCAAAGAGACAAUCAGUGUUGUUCAGUUCUGGUCUGAUAAGAAUUGGGGGGGGGGGGGUGUUGUCUUACACUAUUUUAUUGUUUGUGUAUGUUGGCCCGUUAUUACAAAAGAAGAUGAUCGGUUGGGGGGGGGGGGGCGCUUUCAAAUUAUUUUAACCAAUGUGUAGAAUCCCACUAUCUACAAAGAUGAGAAAUUUAUAUAGCAGGCCAUGCUUUAGAUACUUUUAUAUUUGUUGUUUCAGUUUGUUACUUGACAACAUUUUACUAAAAUGGUAAAAUAGUUGUACUCAUAUUGAGUAUCAAAGUUUGACAGAUUUCUUUAAAUUGAUGAUGUAUGAAGGGAAACUGAUUGCACAUGUACAUUGACUUUUGGCAGUUGUAUUAUGUUUUAAUGUGAAUCACUAAGUUAUUAAUACAAGUCACUAAGAAUCCUUGCUUGUACCAUGUUUAUACAUUCAGUCUAACAGUAAAAAGCUUGCAAGUCUUGUUUAGUUUCUCAGUCGGCUAUUGUUAGGUUUUUGGAGGAACUAGCUAUGAACUAACAAACAAAAUGGUGGAUUUGAUGACAUACUCUGACAUAUUAGUCAAUCAACUCACAGCCCUGAACUGACAAGUGGAAACCGGUUGUACAUGUGUUUUAGCAAUGUGAUCUUUUGACAUUAAUUUGGAUGGGAAAAACUGCACGACUUUUUUAAAAACAGGAAAUUAUCUAUUUGGCUUUUAUUUUCUGUAAUUUUUGUUAUAUACUUAUGUUCUGUACAUCCUCAAAGAUAUUAAAGACUUUUUCCA